UUGAAGGCUGAUAAAGAACAAGAACAUAAUUGGAUACGGUCUUUACCGUAUUCGCCGGCACUCGUUAAAUAAAAAUCAUGCUGUUCUGCAACAAAACAGUAUGUCCAGACCCUCCGAAGACUCCAAUCUGGGCGAACUCGACGUUCUGGUUGUCGGCGCUGGGUUUAGCGGAGUGUACACACUUCAUCGACUACGGCAACUUGGAUGCUCCGUUAAGCUUUUCGAGGCUGGGAGCAGUCUUGGGGGUAUCUGGCAUUGGAACUGUUACCCUGGUGCACGAGUGGAUUCCAACGUUCCCGUAUACGAGUUCUCAAUAGAGGAUUUAUGGAAGGACUGGACCUGGACGGAGAAGUUCCCCAGCUAUACUGAGCUUAGGGAUUAUUUCAAUUAUGUUGAUUCAAAGCUCGGCUUGAGCAAGGAUAUUCGCUUCAACACUCGCGUUGUCGCCGCUCACUUCGACGACCAAGUCGACCGAUGGAACGUGAAAACGGAAGAUGGAACCGUUGUUCGCCCUCGUUUCUUGAUUCUUUGCACAGGAUUCGCUUCAAAGAAAUACAUUCCCCCCUUUGUAGGACUCGAAACCUUCCAGGGUGUCCUCCACCACACUGCAGCAUGGCCACAAGAAGGGGUACCAUUGACAGGAAAGAGAGUUGCGGUGAUCGGUACUGGUGCAAGCGGAGUCCAAGUCAUCCAGGAGAUAGGACCAACUGUGGGGCACCUCACGGUUUUCCAGCGUACUCCGAAUUUUGCCCUCCCUAUGAUGCAGACAAAACUAGACAAAGAAUUGCAGGAGAAGAAGAAGGAUUUGUAUCCAACGAUCUAUAAGAGAAGAUUGCAGACCAUAAUUGGAUGCGAUUUCAACCCUUACCCUCGCGAUCUCUCCAGCGUCUCGCCCGAAGAGCGUCGUCUCCUUUUCGAAGAUUUAUGGUGUCGGGGCGGUUGGCACUUCACCGGCUCAAAUUACCAAGACAUUCUAACAAACGAAGAAGCGAACAUGGAAGCCUACGAAUUUUGGAAGGAGAAAGCCCGAGAACGAAUACAUGAUCCUGUCAUGCAAGAGACCCUCGCACCCACCAUUGCUCCUCAUCAUUUCUGUACCAAACGACCAGCUCUCGAACAAACUUACUAUGAAGUGUAUAACCAACCAAACGUGGAACUCAUCGACCUCGGGAAGAACCCCAUUGCUGAGAUCACGUCGGACGCCAUCAUCACCGGCGACGGUGUUCGCCACGAAGUCGAUGCCAUCGUUUUGGCCACCGGAUUUGAUGGCAUUACAGGCGGUAUUACACAGAUCGACAUUCGAGGGGUUGAUGGUACUUCAAUCAAAGAUAAGUGGGCGAACGGGGUGUAUACGAACCUGGGGAUGACAACCGCGAACUUCCCAAACCUGUUCUUCGUUUAUGGACCUCAGGCUCCUACUGCGCUCGCGAAUGGACCCACGUGUAUUGAGAUACAAGGAGAUUGGUUGGCGGCGUGUAUAGGACAUAUGCUGAGCAAUGGCCUCACGCGUAUUGAAACAACUCGAAAGGCAGAGGAGGAUUGGCGGAAUCUGGUAUUGGACAUCUCUACCAAAGGUCUGCUCCACAAGGCGAAAUCCUGGUGGAUGGGUGCCAAUAUUCCGGGGAAACCGAUCGAGCAGCUGAACUUUCUAGGGGGUAUACCGUUAUACCACAGUCUUUGUCAGUCCGAUGCGGAGAAAGGAUAUGGAACAUUCGUGCUGUCAAGCAUCGACAAAACGAGUGAAGUGCGAGUAAAUGGCGUGUAGACUGUUUUCUUUCUGCACCGUACAUGUACAUAGAACACGGAGUUGUCCUGUACUCCACCGUGAGUGUUCAAAAUUUGCAUUGGAGUUGUACUUCACCUGAAUAUUCCUUAUUCGGCUUUGGUAAACCAGACGAGUACGUCCAUACUGGCUGAAAACUAUCGAGCGGACGUGGUAAGGGUCUCAGUCACGCAGAGCCGAUACCAAGCCGAUACCCGAUCGCGAACGACUCCCAUCACGCG